CAUCGCUACAUAAACGCAUAGUGUACCAUAUAUAUUCAAUCAUAAUGAUUUUAUUAUUAAAUACCUUUUUAUUGUCGCAAUUUAUGGAUUUAAUCAUGACCGUGGAAAAUGCUGAUGAUUUUUCUGAUAAUUUCUUUGUAUUGCUUGCUAUGUUAAUUUCCUGUUGUAAAUUGUUUAGUAUGCUAGCAAAUCGCAAAAAUAUUAUCAAGUUUACUAAUAUACUAACCGAGAAACCAUGUAAACCAUUGAAAUCAAAUGAAAUAAAAAUCCUGUCUAAAUUUGACAAACACAUAGAGACCAAUACUUGGCGCUUUGUAUAUCUUGUAAUAGUAACAUUCUCAUUCAUCGUGUUGACAUCUCUAUCUUUAAACUUCAGAAAAAGGAAAUUAACGUACAGAGCAUGGUUGCCGUUUAAUUACUCAUCAACGACAAUGUUUUAUCUGACAUACAGUCACCAAUUGUUAAGUUUGUUUGCCGGAGGUUUCCUAAAUGUUGGUUGCGAUACUCUUAUUUGUGGAUUAUUGGUACAUAUUUCCUGUCAGAUUGAAAUCUUAGCUUAUCGUUUGAGAGAAAUUAUGUCUUCUAAAAAUAUCUUACCCGACUGCGUGAGACAACAUUAUAAUAUUUUCAAGCUUGCUUUUAUUAUAAAUGCAACAUUUAGAUUAAUUAUUAGCAUACAAUUUAUGAUAAGUAUGUUAAUAGUAUGCUUCAGUCUUUAUCAAUUAACUAAAACAACAGUGAAAGCCAAGUUUAUAGAACUGACAUUAUAUAUGAUUUGUAUGUUAACACAAAUCUUUUUGUAUUGUUGGUAUGGAAACGAAGUAAAGCUAAAGAGUCGUCAACUGGUCGAUGACAUUUUCGAAAUGGAAUGGCUAUCACUGGACAAAAGUAAAAAAAAGUCUCUAAUGAUAAUAAUGAAACGAGCAAUCGUGCCUAUUCAAAUUACCAGUGCUUAUAUUAUUCCCAUAAACCUUGAUUCAUUUAUGGGUGUUUGUAUAAUUUCUUUUUAUUACAGAUCUGAAAUUGGUACAGAGAAGUAUAUGCAGACUGACUAUUUCAUACGGAAUUUUACUGAAAAUUUUUACGCCACGCUGGCGUCGGUUGUUUCAUGCUCUAAAAUGUUUAGUUUGUUAGUAAAUCGAAAUAACAUUAAUAUGUUAACUAACAAACUCAUAAAAGACCCGUACAAACCAUUGGAGAUCGACGAAAUAAAUAUUCGAUAUAAAUUCGAUAGGCUUAUACACACCAACACGCUCUGUUAUACGAUUUUGGUGGAAUCAACUUGUAUAUGCAUUACUAUGACAUCUUUGCUCAUGGAGUUCAGAAAAGGACAUCUGACGUAUAGAGCGUGGAUACCGUAUAACUACCAUUCGUCCACCAUUAUAUUUUGUCUCACGUAUGCUCAUCAACUUAUUAGCCUGACAGCUGGAUCGCUGGUCAAUGUAGCCUGUGACAGCCUUAUUUGUGGAUUACUAGUGCACAUUUGCUGCCAAUUUGAGAUCCUAGAAUACCGACUGAACAAAAUAUCGAAAGAUUCUGAGGUUCUUCGCGACUGUGUACGUCACCACGACAGUAUAUUUGAAUAUGCAAUCAAGUUAAAUGACAAGUUUAAAAUGACUAUUGCAAUGCAGUUUAUGGUCAGUACGAUGGUCGUAUGCUCAAAUUUAUAUCAGAUGACUAAAUCAACGUCGUUAAAUGCAAGCAUUCUUCCUUUACUGCUAUAUAUGUCCUGUAUGCUGACACAGAUUUUCAUUUAUUGUUGGUAUGGAAAUGAAGUAAAAUUAAAGAGCAUUCAACUGCUUGACAAUAUUUUUAGAAUGGAUUGGGUAUCAUUGGAUAAAAACCAUAAAGAAAGUCUAUUAAUAAUUAUGAAUCGUGCAGCGGUACCAAUAGAAUUUACCAGUGCAUAUGUUCUUUCUAUGAAUCUUGAUUCUUUUGUUGGGUUACUUAAAACAUCGUACUCGGCUUACAAUAUAUUGAAACAAGUGUAAGAAUCGUAACAGGAAAAUAAAAUAGAAACUAAUUGCUACGAUGUUUUCCAGUGCAUUCUUGUUACUGAUAAUUAUU